AUGUCAGCUCCGACAGCACAUUCAGCCGCUCCAGUCGCCUUCCCGGCUGUUCCAAGAGCACGGACAACAGCUGCUCCAGCGAGUCCGCCUGGUCUUCAGAACUACGCACUGAACCGCAUGAACUCUGAUAUGAGAUCUUGGGCAGCGGUCACUGAGCGUGUUCCCGCUAACUGCGUUCUCCCUCGCGGCGUUAACAUCACCUUGGCGGAGAUCUGCACCUUCUUCCCAAGUGCCCUGCAAAUUCCACACGUAGCUUGUCGCUUCAUGCGGAACAGAGUCUUUGUCAAUAUGUUGGCUAAACUAGAGCUACGCGCAAUCGGCCUCGAGAACGACAAGAAAUCGAUAAGACAGGCUGAGAGCAGGAUCAAGGAGCAGAACACCAAGGCUGGACUGUACCAGUUUGGGCCUGACACAAACGGCCGAUGGAAUCUGCAGCGGGCCCUCGAUGCUAGAGCAGAGAAUGACCUGACCGCCGAUCACUGGAAGUUGUAUGACGGAGAAGGUUUCCAGCACUACGAUGUUCGCUCCAUUUACGGGGCAGUGCCGGAGUUCCAGAGGUGGCCACAGGACAUGGAUCGGGGAGUAGUUACCCAAAUCUUGGAGUACGCGAAGCAGCACGCAAGCGAUGGAUACACUACACGAGACUGGUCAUCUUUGGUACAGCGUCACGGCUUCCAGCCUCCAGUUUGGCCAGCGAGGCUUCCUACAAAUGGAGACAUUGAAGCCAACAGCCGCUGGGACUAUUUCUUUGGCUACUGA